AUGCUUAGCGCUCUACGUCGCUUCGGCGUUAGCCAUGCGCUGCGAGUCUCGACGCCUCGCGCCGUAUCAUCCGGAUUGACUCCCCGAGCUUUGCAAUGGCAUCCUUCCUCCUCCGCUUCAUUCCAGAUUGCUUCGAAGUCCUUAUACCAUGUGUCUGCUCCCCGUUUCUCUGCUGCUCAGGCGCAGGAAGUGAGUGCCGAGGAGAGCGAGGAGUUGACCAAGUUUUCGCAAUUGGCCGACAGGCGCCUAGUUGAUGGCAAAAUCAUCCGGACCAUCACCGAUAGGAUGAACAUCACCACCAUGACCGAUGUCCAGAGAAUGACCAUCGAAAAUACGCUGAAAGGCGGCGACGUGCUGGCCCAGGCUAAGACUGGUACUGGAAAGACUCUGGCAUUUCUUCUGCCGGUGCUGCAGAACAUUCUCAAUGAUAGCACCCUAAACCUUGGUCGACGCUCCUCCCAUUCCGCCUCCGACAUUCGCUCUAUCAUCAUCUCCCCGACCCGUGAACUGGCGGAACAAAUUGCCACCGAGGCGAAACGGAUCGCUGGGGGCACGGGUCUAAUGGUGCAGACGGCCGUCGGAGGAACGCAGAAACGGAAACACUUGCAGAUGAUGCGGGAAUACGGAUGUCAUCUGCUGGUUGGCACCCCCGGCCGCCUUCUUGAUCUCCUCUCGGAUCCCUACAGCGGAGUUCAGGCUCCCAAAUUGUCCUCGUUCGUCUUGGAUGAAGCGGAUCGUCUGCUCGACGAUGGAUUUUCUGAGGACAUCUUCCAGAUCCAAAGCCACCUUCCUGCCCCCGAAGAUGUUUCCCGACAAACGCUUCUGUUCUCGGCUACCAUGCCGUCGGGGGUGAUGUCGAUGGUUAAACGGAUCAUGAAGCCCGACUACCAGUUCAUCCGGACUGUAAAGGAGGAUGAAGUUCCUACUCAUCUCCGUGUGCCCCAGAAGUUGGUUACCCUGAAUGGAUUUGAAAAUGCCCUUCCUGCUGUUUUGGAACUGGCCAAGAACUACCAGGCUCAAAAGAACGAGCGUCCAUUCAAGGCAAUCGUCUACUUCAACUCAACUAAGGAGGUCAACCUGGCUUACGAGGCGUUCAACAACCUGGUCAACGAACCGGGGAAUGUUCGCAGCGGACACCCGCUCGGCAGAGUACGCAGAUACGAGUUGCACUCCCGCCUCACCCAGCAACGGAGAUCUCUGUACGCUGACAAGUUCCGUUCCGACCAAACUGCCAUCCUCUUCUCGUCCGACGUCACGGCCCGUGGUAUGGACUUCCCAGACGUCACGCACGUCAUUCAAGUCGGACUCUCUCGAGACCGGGAAUCUUACAUCCAUCGUUUGGGCCGCACCGGGCGUGCCAACAAAACUGGCGAAGGGUGGACUCUCAUUAACCAGCAUGAGCUAAGGAUGUUUAACCAGAGGCUGCACAGCCUGCCAAUCGAAAGGGAUAACUCGCUGGCUACGGCAUCCGUUGACAUGACCGACGAGGCGACAGCCGCUCCUCCCGCGGCCGAAGAGACCUUGGCUCAAGUAAAAGAGGCCUUGGAGAACGUUCCCCAAGACUUGAGAGUUGAGACCUGGAAGGCUUGCUUUGGCAGCUUGGUCGGCAGUAUGCCCAACUCUCAUACCUUGUCCCAGAGCAUGGAACAUCUAGCAUUGCAUGGGUACCAACUACCUAAGGUGCCAAUGGCUCCUAAAAACGCUGGUAGAUUGCGUGACAACUCGAAUCACCGCAGGUCGCCGUCUUCGUGGAGUAGAGAACGCUCUCUGAGCCGACCCUCGGGAAGGCAGGGUGAUCGCGGAGGCCGUUUUGACCACAGCCAGAGGAACCGUGGCGAUGACAGGCGCGAUUUCCGUCGCGAUGACCGUGGUGGCCGUAGCCGUCCGGGUGGCCGUCGCGAUGGCCGUCCUGACAAGUUCUUCUACGAUUUCUAA